CCUGUCAUAUCAAGAUGGCGACUCCCUUGGAGUUAUUUUGCUGGAAAGGCAAUUGGGGAUUGCCUUCUGUCAACACUGAAUGCCUUAUCGUUCUGGCUUAUGCAAAGUUUGCAGGAGUACCUCUCAAACUUCACAAAACUGCCAACCCUUGGGGAAGUCCUACAGGGUCCCUUCCGGCGCUGAAGACUCAAGAGAAUGGAAGCUUUUCUCAGCCCAGUAAGAUCAUCAUUGAAUUCAGGAAACGGAAGUACAAUGCAGACUUCGACCUCUCAGCAACAGAGGGAGCGGACACACUGGCUUUCACAUCUCUGGUGGAGGAGAAGCUGAUGCCGGCACUGGUCUACGCUCUGUGGGUGGACCCCAAGAACUACGUGGAGGUGACCCGCCGUUGGCAUGGCGACAACAUUCCCUUCCCGCUGAACUUCUUCCUGCCGAGCCGCAUGCAGCGGCAGCAGCUGGCCCGCCUGCGCCUCAUCAAGGGGGACGAGACCCUGGAGGCCGGCGAGGACAUGGAGAAGGAGCUUUACCACGAUGCCCAGGAGUGCAUGGAUCUCCUCUCUCAACGUCUUGGUUCCAGCAAAUUCUUCUUUGGGGAUUCGCCCUCCUCUCUGGAUGCGCAUAUAUUUGGCCACCUGGCGCCAUUGCUGAAGAUCAAGUUGCCAUGUGGGCGCCUCCAGCAGCAUCUGAAGUCUCUGGACAACCUGACGCGAUUCUGCUCCAACAUCCUAACUCUCUACUUCCCCAGCGAGCCUAAUGAGGGCGCGGCUCCCAAAGUGUCCACUCAGCCCGAGGCCAGCGACUUUGACAACGAGCCCAACAAGAGGAGGAAGCAGCUGCUGUCUCUGGUCUUCGCCCUGGGGGCCAUGCUGAGCUACGCCCUGCUGACGGGCAUCGUCUCCAUCGAGCACGUGCCCACCGAGGAGGACCUCCGGGAGCUGCAGGGCAUCGCAGAGGCCUCCCCAGGCGAGGACGAGGAGUGAUUGUGUGUGUGUGUGUGUGUGUGUGGACGAGAAGUGAUGUCGAGAGUAAAAGGGUGAUGGAAUGGGAUAGAGCAGCAGGGACAGGUGUUGGGAGUGUUUUUUUGCGAUUAGCCGUUUUUAGAGGACACAGUUAGUUCUGUAUGGUGCAAAGCAUUUCUCUAAAGACUAAGACGAACCGCUCCCUGAUUUUGUUCAGGUGACGUGAGCAAGAACCAUUAGGUUUUAUUUUACAGAUAGAUAAAGAUCUUUUUUUAUUAUUAUUGCAUGAUAAUCAUGGUGGCCAAUUCAAUUAGUCAACUUAUCAGUUGAUCAAGGAAUAAGUAUGAUGAUGACCAAAUGUUUUUUUUUUUCAUUUCACUAGUGUUUAUUUUCUUCAGAAGCAUGUACUCUUUACUAUGAAAAUGUACUAGGGCACAUUUGCUGAUUCUUACAGGGGAGCUACACCAGACGCGUAACUGAAGCGUUCCGAGACCCAUCUUCUAAAAUGGAUUUUACGUGUUGCGAACGGAACGCUUCAGUUACGCGUCUGGUGUAACUCCCCUGUUAGAGAUAUUAUGACUGCAUUGCUGAAAUUGCAGGCCUUUUUUCUGCGCUAUCCAAUUCUCUCUGCAGCCUUUGUCUCAUUGGCUGGUACAAAAACGGCUCAUUUUGGAUAAACACACCAUGUCCAGCCAUGACUUGUCAAGCCAAACUAAUGAUGCAGGUAUCAAUGAAAUUAACUAUGGGGACCAAAAUGACCCAGGAAACCUUUAAUCAAACCUUUACCCAGAUUUGGGACUGUAAUUCCUUAUAGGUGGAUCAAAUUUGCACUUGAUACAGAGGAACUCCAUUGUUGCCUUGUGUGAGUUGAUUUAGGCUUUUAUGUCUUUUUUGCCGUGGUGUUGUUAUUGUUGUUGUUGUCGUCGUCUUUAUUUUGAUUUCUUAUUGAAAUGUCUUCCCCCCUCUCUUUGUUAGUUUUUAUGUUCAAACCUAAGAUCAGGUGUUUUUAUGUACAGUUGGAAGUUUUUGGAUGUUCACACACAUUUAGAAAACAUUUUAAUGUAUGCAGCAAAUGACAGUAGAGAGACCUGAGAGUUAUUUCAAGGAGUGAUAUUGGUGGUAUGUUGAGCCUAAAGCGAGAGGUGAAUGUUGGUGGACUUCUUUUUCUUUCAACUUUUACAUUUGUAUGUCAAUUGUUUAUGUUAUUUAUGUAAGCAAAAUGGCUAACAGCAAGGCAAUUGCCACGAACGUUUGCCUGUUUGCCUGAAUUGAACGCACCUCUGGCUUUAAGCUCAGCAUGUUUCCUCAUACACCCCAUUGUUUUUAUUUUACAGUAUGUGCAUGAGUAUCCAUAUACUGCUACCUAAGUGUUCAAAUGGCAGCUUAGUGGCUGGAUGGAUACUUCAGGACUAUUACCAACAUAUUUGUGCUGAACCAGAAUAUGACCAGAAUUCAACCAGAGGGCAAUUCCUCUUUAUGUGAUCUGGCCGAAGCUGUAAAAUAUCUAAAAAUCCUGUCCAUAUUUCUAACAGACCAAUGUUUGUGCUGUCUGCAGCUCGUUGUAAUUUGAUGUCUUAAUUCACAGUCUGAAGUACUGAUUUGAAUGGAACAUCACAAAAGUAUAUUAGCAACAUACCAAAGAGUAAGCCUUUUGUUGCUUUUUCAAAAUAUUACUCAAUAAAAGUGAUUGAUUCAGUGUCCAAAACCGUAAAUCUUUUAAAGAUGUUUACUUGUGCUUGUUAUGAGACCAUCUUCCUUCUCUUUGUGGUUGAGUGUGUUUCAGUCCUCAAUUCCAGUGUGUGCUGAAAAAUGUAUCAACUGCUUAGGUUUACAUAUGUAAUCAAGCAUGACGGAGUACAUACAUUAAUAGUUGUAUUUUGAUUAUGAUUGCUUCCUCACUACUAACUUGCCAGACUUAGGAAGGACCACAUUUAUGAUUUGACCGUGAUCACAAUUAACACUUAAUCUCUUACAUGCCCUUAUUACAAGACCAAUAAUGUGUGCAUUGUCACUUACCCUAAUGACGAGAAAAAUGUAAAUAUGUUGCAAAUGAAUAUUAUAUUUUCUUAAUUUAUGAAUGAAUGAAUAAAUGGGCCUUGAACACAA